CCGUCGACACUUUAAAAAAAAAAAAAUUAACUUAAAUUAAAUUAACUAAGCGGUUUCUCUCCAUAUCAUUAAGUAUCUCAAAUGCGCACACUGUGGACUUUUACACGCGUGAUGUUUGGAGCACGUUUAUGUGUGUGAGUCCUGAGGAAGUGUUGUGUGCUGUCAGUUCCACACAAGACCGCAUUAGAGCGAUAGAAGAGAAAGAAAACACUACGUUUGGUUUCUGAAAUCCCUCAAAAGAAGUUGGUGGACAUAUCAGCCCUGCUGAGGGCAGCGAAAGCCCACUGUUUACCAGGUCUGGGGGUCUGUAUGCAGCUGGAAGAUCUGAUGCAGAAUCUGAGACUGAUGACUGGAGACACUACAGCAGGACAGUCAUCAGACAAAGCAGUAACACCGGAUGAGUUUAUGAACUGUAAGAAGGCCCAUGAGGUGCAGGCAGUGUCCAAGGUUGUGGCUAGUUUGGCCAAAUACUGCCGAGUCAAACAGGUGAUAGACGUGGGUUCAGGGAAAGGCUACCUGUGCUCCUAUCUGUCCAUGCGGUUCAACCUGCAAGUGUUCGGGAUCGACUCCUCCAGCACCAACACACAUGGAGCUCAGGAGAGGAACAGGAAACUGAAGAAGUUCUCCAAAGCUUAUCAGAAACCAAACAAAGCCACUAGGAAGCAAACUUUGGACAGCGAGGAUGAGAGUAUACAACACAGCAGAAACUUUGAAAACAGUGUUGGCAUCAAAAACUUUAUAACUGAGGAAAAGGAAAGCUUUGAGGCUCGAGCGGAUAGCAGUGCUGUAUCAGAACAAGUCACCAAUGAUUUAUCUGCUUCAGAUAAUGCUGGAGAAUGUCCAUUAGACCUGAAUGAUUCAGAUUCAGGAAGCAGCUUCCUCAGUAUGCUGUCUCUAGACGUCACAGAAGACGUCUCUCCCCACGUCAACUGAGUCUGGAGGAAAGAGAGAAGAGGAAGAGAGAGAAUCUGGAGAAGGAAGGGAGAACAUCAGAGACGACGGCCUGUUUUCCCCUCUGACCUCAUAUGACCCUCUAACUUUAGCACUCACUAUUCUUAUUCAAUUCUUAAAAAAGAAACUACCUUUCUAAUCUUUUUCUAUUCUAUCUGUUUUCUUUUUAUUUAUUAUAUUGUUUAAAAGCACUUGCUAUGUGUGCUGCGUUGAAGCUAACUGAGACUUGUUGUAGCACUUAUAUAUCAUUGCUCUUUUGCUGUUUUUGAUUGCUUCCAUUGUCAUCAUUUGUAAGUCACUUUAGAUAAAAGUGUCUGCUAAAUGCAUAAAUGUAAACAUAAUGUCACUGCAGAAACUGAGCUCAAGACGCUGAUCACAGAGCUGGAGGUCAAGAGAUGAUGGUUUUGUCCAAGGGAGAAUAAUAAUAGCAAUAAUAAGAGUAAGAAUAACCACAAUUAUAAUAAUAAUUGUUCAUAUUCUUAUUAUUGUAAUUUAUAAAACCAAAUAUUUAAUAAAUUCUUUAA